AUGGUCCGUCAUGAACAUAUACGUACCACUGAGCCUCGCUUGGUCUGCGAGGACGACCGCCACAGCCUUGUGGGGUUCGCCUGCAUCGUACCUAUUACCGUUUCAAGAACGUCAGCCUUGCCAUCUUCACCGCCAGACUCGCAUCAAUGCUUGAUCAGCCAAUCUACACCUGAUGACUCCAUGGCCGAGGAGGCACUUCUCGACAAGAUUUCAAACUUGAGCGAUUUGGAACUUGCAGCACUCCUAUGUCUCACAAAUGAAGAGCACUGCAUCGUUGACACAGACCCCGAUUCUGUCCAAGAUCUGGUCCAUGAGUUACGGCUUAUUGCCUCUAAUGUCUUUGGGCUUUCCCACGCGGUGGUAGACUGCUCCGAGCAGACAACCCUGGAAGACUUCGAUAACGCCCUCUACACAGACCUCCCUGUUUCCCCACGUGAGGACUCUCCAGCCCGCUACCGCCAUGACUCCCACCUCCAGCCAUCCCCUGGCUUCCGUUCUCUCUCUCGCUCCUCUCCACGCUCGGAAUCUUUCGCAGAUUCCCGCAAUAUAGCAUCCGUCAUCAUCGCCAGGGACCUCGAUGAAGCGCCCAAGCAGGUCCAGAUCCAAGCUCUGGAGCUGAUACGCACAAAACGCAUAUUCACGCAUACAUCAGUCCAAAACGCCCCAAAACGCUUCUUGUUCAUCGCUGUGAUAGCUGGCGGCGAAGGACCUCGCCUGUCUGAACAUCUCAAUAAUUACAUGUUCAUAUCUCACUUCCAUAGCCACGAGGACGGGUAUCCCAACAUAGACGACCAGGAGAGUGACGCCGAAUCGAUAUCCUCCGUUGUGAGGAAGAGCGAUGGCCAUAUAGAGCCCUCUCUGAACCCGGUGUUUACGGCAACUGAUAUUGUUGCACUACAACGGUUAGGCGACGACGUCUUUAUGAGUAUCGAAGUAACUGGCUACAUCAUCAACAUCAUUUCAUUUCUGCGUCUACACCGCGCGGUGUCUAGAGGGAUUUCGCCAUUGGCAACUAGUCACUUUACAAAAUUGGCAAAAUUACUGGCGCCACUGCAUGGCCUACGCUAUGUUACGCCUUCGCUGGUAACACUGGCGGCGAAGAAGAUAUAUCUACAUCGUAUCUGUAUCACUCCGCCUGAACGGGAAAGAAGUGUUCAGUGGGGCAGCAAUAUCGAUGCAGUGGCUGCGGUUUUGGAAGGAAUGGGCCCCGAUGCAGUCAUUGACGAUGUUAUAGGAUCUGUCGAAGUUCCUCUAUGA